AUGGCGACAUUUACGAGAUUGCAGACUAUUUUACGAUUACAAAGUAGAAGAGGGGUCGUUGUAGCAUCAGCUUCCAAGGCAUCUCAAACUCAGUUCUUAGCAAUUGCAACGGUACUGCCAAAUCGAAGUAAAGUAUCUUCAGCUUACACUAAAAAAGAUCCAUCAGUUUCUGAUAAGAAUCGCAAAGCCAAAGCCAAGCAAAUGGAGAUGAUCGAUGAUGCAUUCCUUCGCAGUGGCCUAAGUAAAUCGAGAAGAAAUCUCAAGAAAAGACCUCUUGUCAUAAGUACCUUAGGUCAAAUUAUUGAUCCUUAUAUCCCUCUAUCUAAGAAAAACUUUUUCCUAUCACCAACGGGCUUGAAGCAGAGAUGGCAGGCAUUUAAAUCAUUUCUAAAAUCGACCUACUGCGUGGCUGUUAUUAAAAGAAAGGCUAAACCCUUCAAUAUCUCUGAUUUUAAACUGCAAGCUGAGAAAAUAUAUAUUGCCACAAAUGAAGCUUUAGCCAGCCAAGAUAAAACCAGAUUACAUACAUUAACAACAGAAAUAGCAUUUCAUGAAUUGAGGAGUGCAUUCAAGAACAGACAGAUAAAGUGGCAAUGCUUAGGAACUGCUUCUGCACCACGUAUUAUUAACAUUAGAGUUAUACCCUUGGAAGAUAAGACCAAUACGUUUGCCCAAAUCACUGUUAAGUUACAAUUAAAACAGAUUUUAGCAGUUUACGAUCAAUAUAACCGUUUAUUGACUGGAAGUGAAGAUCGUUAUAAACAGCCGACGGAGUAUGUCGUUUUUGAGAGACAUCUCGCAAAGCCUAAUUCGCCCUGGCGAAUAUGUGGAAAGAUUGUACCUAACUUCGGUAAUCCCGAUUCUACUGCCAGUGGUAACGAUCAAUCACAUAUGACCAUGGCUGCCGCCAGCUAG